AUGAUUGAUCCUGAUAGUUUACAAUCGGGACAGAUACAACGAAAAUUACGUGCCAAAGAAUUUAUCUUGGUGAACAAUCCGAAGGCAACUCACGAACUUUGGGUUAACGAUAUUGCUCUGGUACGGGUAAUCGACAAGGACGGACAACAACAAAUAUUCGAUGGGUGGGCUGCUUGUAAACAUUGUUUGGUUGCAUAUCGAACUCAUUCAAAGAGAGAUGCUUUUCAAAGCCGAAAAAAUUAUGGUUUGACUUCAUUUCAUGUACAUGUUAAACAAUGCCAUUCAAGCUCCAGCACAAUUAUAGCUUUGACGUCGACAGAUGCAGUACCAAAGGAACCAGCUCCUAUUCAAGCAUUUAUUCCUCGAUUUGCUUACAACAAAAGCCAAUUGAGCGAGCAGCUGCAAAGAAAGCUAAAAGAUGCUGAACUGAAAUUCGUAACGGCUGGAAGUCAUUCUUUCAAAGCACUUGAAAAUGAUGGUGUUCUCGAUCUGGUACAAACCUCUAUCGACAUUGGUGCACAGAUGGGUAAAGUAAAUGUUCGUGAAAUUUUUUAUGGUCGAAAGACAAUUCGUAAUGAAGCCACACUGUAA